CGCCCGGUGAUGGAGCUGCUGCCCGUAUGGCACAGGCCAGCAGUAGUAGCAGUACCGGGGGGGUCCCGGGGGGAAGCGGGGAGCUGUCCUUGGAGGAAGUGCUGAAAUCCUACGAACAGCCGAUCAAUGAGGAGCAGGCGUGGGCCGUGUGUUACCAAUGUUCCCGGGGGCUGCUUGGGCAGCCUUGGCCACCGAGGGGCAGAAUUCGGGAUCCCUCUUGUCUUCUACUGCACAGGGAUGGGGCAAUCACCGUUCUACCGGAGACCCAGGGCACGGCGGAAACUGUACCAAGAUCCCCGCUGUCAGGAAUCACGGAGACACAGAUGGUACAGUACCUGGGUUUUGCCAUAUACCGCGCUCUGGACUGGGGCCUUGAUGAGAGUGAGGAGAGGGAGCUCAGUCCUCAGCUGGAGAAGCUUAUCGAUCUUAUGGCUGAUGGCGAUUCAGAAGGUGUCACAGAUGAAGGCUAUGAUGGACCAGAGGAUGAGGAUGAGGAGGGCCAGCCUCGACUUGUACGCAGUUUCUCUGCUGUGCUGCGGGUUUGUGCAUCACGCCUACCAGAACCCCAUGAAGCCCAGACACACUACCAAGCAGUCUGUAGAGCACUCUUUGCUGAGACUGUGGAGCUCAAAGCAUUUCUGAGUGAGAUCAGAGAGACCAAGGAGACACUGAUGAAGUUACAUACAGAAGAGACCGAGACAGAUGGACUUGUAAAUUUGCAGAACACUGAUUGGGCACGCCUGUGGGUACAGCUGAUGAGAGACCUACGUCAUGGAGUUCAGUUGAAGAAGGUCAGAGAGAAGACCUUUAACUCUCUACCCACUGAGUACCAGCUCACCCCUUUCGAAAUGCUCAUGCAGGACAUCAGGGCACAGAAGUAUAAGCUGCGCAAAGUCAUGGUAGGAGGAGACAUUCCUCCAAAGGUGAAGAAGGAUGCCCAUGAAGUUAUCUUGGAUUUUAUUAGGUCGAGGCCACCUCUGAAACCGGUUUCCAGUAGGAACCUGCCCCCAAUGCCUCAUAGACAGAGGAGUCUUCAUGAGAAGAUGCUUGAGGAAAUUAAAAAAGAACCAAAACUGCGACCUGUGGAUGCAAGUGGAAGGGGGCAAAAAGGUUUUGGCUCCCUGCCUUGUAUUGUGGAAGCCUGUUCGAAGGACAUAAAAUCUACAUCUUGCAUUAACCUCUCAGUACCAGAACCUGCAGCCCCUCGACCACGGCCUCGAAAACUGCUUAAAGCCCCCACACUGGAAGAGAUGGAGGAGAUGAAUCUGUCCGAGGAGGAUGACUCUCCAAAUUCAGAGGUCCGGAGGGUGAUAAGUGCUCCUUUGCCACUUAAACGUGACCGCUCCUUCUCAGAGCAGGACUUAUUGCAACUGCAGACUGAAAUGGGACACGUUCCACAGCGAGUAAGUGCUCUGGGGCACCAGAGGACAGAAACAAGAGAGCGCUCGGGCAGCAUGACCACCACUCACAGACCUUUAGGCAGGAGCUUAGCAUCCCAGAACACUCCUGGACUUAAAGGCACUUCCUCGUCUUCCCAUGGCUCGCUCAGUUCUGUGCAGGAGUGGACAGAGCCAGAUUCUGCAUUAGACAGCAACUCCAAGCACAGGUGGCUGGAGUUCAGUCACCCGGUGGACACACUUGCCCUAACAGUGGAAGAGGUAAUCAAUGUCCGCAGGGUCCUUGUAAAGGCUGAGAUGGAAAAAUUCCUACAGACCAAAGAACUUUACAGCAAUUUAAAGAAAGGCAAGAUUUGUUGCUGUUGCCAAGUGAAGUUCCCUCUCAUUCUUCUGUUUUCCCGACCAUCGAAUUGCCUCUUCUGUAAAAGGUCUGUCUGUGCUGCUUGCAAUAUGAAGAUGAAGCUCCCUGCCAAGAAAUUGGACCAUAUUCCAGUGUACACUGUAGGGUUUGAUAUUCCUACCAGAUCAACCAGCUCAAGUGCAAAUGCCUCCCGAUGGACUGACAUUUCCCAUGGUCCUUCCUGGAGGAAUGUAGAGAGUCAAUUUCCACAUAUCUAUGCCCAGGGCUCUGUUCUGAAGGACGUGUGUACUGACUGUGCUGGUUUCUUUAGAGAUGUGGUGUCCUCCAGCAGAAAAAGCGUGGACAUUUUAAAUAUUGGUGCCAGAUCAACACAAGCUCAAGCACACAACUUGACUACCAAGAGAAUGUGACACCACUAUUGCACCUGAUUCCAUCACUACUGUAACAAGGAAAAAAACACCCUGGUGUCAAUGGCUUGCAAGAUAUAUAUCUAUAUGUAUGAAUUCUAAGCUACUAAAAGGAAUUUCUGCAUAUUUGUAAUGAAGGAUGCAUGCAGAAGCACUGGUGCCUGAAGGAGUUAAACUGACCUACCUAAAUGUCCACCAAAAGAAGUCAAUGGAACCUGUUUGGACCGUUAUGUUAUUUUGGAGGCAGCUAAAAGCUGGUUAAGUUAUAUGGGUGUAAUGCGCCAAAGGGUUUACAGAAUAACCAGAUCUGGGAUAGGCUGUUAAAUUCUGGUAUUUAUUGGGUUUAAAGUAUUUUUCAAUCUAAUAUAGAUUAAACGGGUAUCAUGGCUGGAUCACUGGAUACCCCUUACCUUGUUUACAAGCUUAACUUAUCAGUUACCUAAAAUCUCAGAGCUGGCUCAGUGGAUUCACUGCACAUACGUUGAUCCCAGGUGGGUCUCUCAGUAGAACACUGGUAUAGAAGCUGCAGUAUAGUGUUGCCCUGUAAACCAUUAUUGCAUACACAAUUUUAAGGCCUUGAAAUGUGUGUGAUUGCAGCUGCUACGUCCAUAAGCCAUCCUUUAAGCUAAUGCCUCAUGUGCCAUCUCUUUAUUUUUGUCUUAGGGCGACAAAGCAUAUUGGUUGUGAUAUUGGUGAGAAUUGUUAGGUGUGAGGCAUUGUCAAAAACAGGGGCUCUCCAUAUUUUUGGCUUAUAUAUGCCACAAAUGCAGGCUAAUUCUGUUAUCUAUAAUGAGAAGCAUUUCGCUAGUACAUUUUCCUAUGAUAAGUACAAAUGAAACAGAGCCGAAAUGCCACAUAGUGUAUUAGCAAUAUAGUCCAAUAGCCUCUGGUGGUAACAGAAUCUAAGGUCGACCGCUUGCCCCAGAUUUCUAGGACAUUUGUUUAAAAAUUUAAUUUGCAAACACUGUAUUAAUCUAUACAUAUUGAGAUCUAGGGCUUUUGAAAAGGCUGGAUUAUGUACUGUGGCUAACCAAACCAAAGCAUUAGGCUCUCAUAGCAUGGCGCAACCAAUACCCUGUUAGAGCUUGGUGCCAGUUUUUAACUGGGUGCACCCAUUUAACCUUAAGCGCUGCAUGUGGGAAUACAUUUCUAUGCUGAGCGCAAGUUUUCUCCCAUGCUUUCUCCCUUGUCAUUUUUAUACAUCUCACCAUGUGCUUCUUACUCAGAUGAUGACCUCAGUGCAGAGACGCCAAGCGAGAUUCGCCUCUCUCACUUUCACUUUGUCUGUUGGGCUGGAGGGGCCAAAAAUGAUCUCUUGCAGUGCAAAAUCUCACAGGCUUCUCCAGCCCUACAAUGUUACAAAUCAUAUUUUUAUAACAAAAUUGUACAAAAAAGUUUUUAAAAAAUGUGAACCUUCUGCUGUAAAUAUAAAUUGCAUCACUACCUAAAAA